AUGAACGACUUUCUUCGAAUUUUAAACAGUCCAACCCCUACACAAGCAGAAACUUAUGAUGUUGUAUUAGGUCUUGAAAAACUGUUGGACAAAGCAGCGGAUGUUUCUUUUGCUUAUCCAACUAUACAACCACUUAUCACCUGGACUGAGAAAACUAAUGAUAUGAUGUUGCAAUACCAUCUAGUUACAGUGUUUAUAUUAAUAGUUCAAACCAAGUCGAUUCCUUUGCUUGAUGAAAACCUUUCGAAAAUCAUUCAUUUACUCAUCAACAAAACAAAUCAUUUUGACGUGUUGGAACAUACAAUGCGCCUAGCAGGGUUCUAUGUGAUGAAACAAACAACAGAGGAGUCUCUGAAUGAUUUUAUUAAUAUUAUCAAUACAAUCAAAGCUAAAAAGAGACAAAAUGCAUCAGUGAAUGGGACUUUAUGUUGGGCAAUGUACUUUGCGUUGGUACAAGCAGCGAACAAUUACCCCAAUUCGAUGGAGAAAUUAUGCGAUGCGGCGGCAGACUAUUACGUCUUACAAGCCGACUCGACAGAAGCUUUUAUGCACUUGACUGGUGCAAUCCAUCAGUGUAUAGUCUUGAAUAAAGGAUACAUCCCUCUCUUCGAAUCAAAAUUUCUCUUCUUAGAAAAAUUGCUUCCUGCGCUUCGGUCUGGCGUCGAAGACAUCGUGACGCCUUCCAUCAAUUUAUUGCACCAAAUGGCUGCGAGCGAUAAUCGGUAUAUCGACUUCUUCAUGCGCUGCGACAUUAGUCGAACCCUAAUAGCCCUUUUUGACUCAUUACCUAAAGACGAUAUAGUAAUAGAAGCACUGCUGAUCCUCAGAUAUUUAUUUGCGGGCAACGCGAUGCGCGCCGAGACUUUAAUUAAUGCGGGAAUAGUUGAGCGAUUGAUUGGGUAUAUCAAUCGGUCAAGUACAUAUCUCACACGAAGUGCGUUAUAUGCGUUAACGGCGUGUGUAGAAGCGUGUCAGAACCGUCAAGACUUGUUACAGUAUAUGAUACAGACUGGCGUCGCGAGUGCACUGAUUAAGAUCUUAUCGAUGUCUCGUACAUUCUUAUUAGACGAUGUGAUCAACGCCAUCGACUGUUCCAUCAUCUUUUUAACACAAGACAGUGUCUCGAAGGAAAUAGGGGCGCAUCCCGCGUUCGAAGAACUUGGGAUGGGGAACAUCCUUUCGAGUUUAACAGACGCCGACAAUUUGUCGGAGAUGUCCAAACUCAAAGCAAAAGUCUUACUUGACUUAUACUUUAAGUCGGCUCCUCCAAACGAAAUGGACGAACUGUGA